AUGUAUUUACGCCCAGGAUUCGUCGUGGUAAUCGUCGGGGGAGUUCUGACAACAAUAUCAACAAUCGUCGUGGGGCUCCGAUACUACUGCCGGUACUUUCUUGUCGGAUCCCUCAGCGCAAGCGACCAUCUCAUGUUGGUCUCUCUAGUCGUUGCGUGGGGAACUUUCAUAAUCAAUUACUACCAAGAUGUGACGAGCAGUGGCUACCGACCAGCGUACCUCCGUAGACCUGACAAAAGGCCAGAGAUCGAGGGCUACGUGCUCGGAGUACUCAUCUCCUGGUGGGCCUACCGAUUCGUCUACGUUAUAGGACUUGGCUUCAUUAAGCUCAGUAUCCUCUUCUUCUACCGCUCUAUCGCUGCCAACGUCACCUUUCGCCGAACCGUGUAUGGCAUGAUGGGGUUUGUGGUGAUGUACACAUUUUCCGCGACCAUUGCGGCAAUCUUCCAGUGCCAGAAUCCAGCGAGCGCUUGGUCCACGACAAACUACUUUGCGCAAUUCGACCCCACCCUUAAGAGAGAGCCCGCUGUGUGCUGGGAUCCAGUUCCGCUGUGGGUUUUUUCGUCGGCGUGCAACCUACUCACCGACAUCCUCCUCCUGUUGAUGCCCCUGCCGACGCUGCUGAGUCUCCGGAUACCCAUGGGCAAAAGACUAGCACUGAUUGGCAUAUUCUCUGUGGGACUGAUGGCUAUUGUUGCAUCUUCAGUACGCAUGUGGGUCAUGUAUAUGUGGGCUGAGUCUCCUUACAACUCUGCGCGAUACGGUGCGGAUCUGCUCCUGUGGGGCCAGGUUGAGACCAACAGUGGCAUUAUAUCUGCCUCUGUACCCUUUCUUCGUCUUCUCUUCCGCAACAAGGAAAGGAAGCCACAGAAGAUUUACGCGACUCCGCCAGAAGCCCAGCCCCCGACGCCGCCAAAGAACGACGAGUACAGUCCAGGCCAAGUGCCGGGUGUGGAGAUGUGGCCACUUGCAAACGAGAAGGGCCUUGAUAGGGGAGAGUCUGUUGGUUUCAUCACGAUACACGAAAGAUCGACGAUAGCGAGAGAGUCGAAUUGGGGCCCUUUCGUCACGAUACCAGAGAGCCUGAGCUCGGACGGUAAGGACAGUCCAUAUCUGGCACCUGCACUUUCGCCGCACAAGAAGGCGUGA